AUUUGCAACUACUACCACUACUCUCGCGCAUCACACGCUUGCUUGAUUCUCCUUCGCUUCGGAUCAACAGGUUGAUCGCGGAUCGGUUGUACGCUCAAAGCUCAUUCAUUGAUACGACGUACGAACGGAAGCGCGCGAGCGAGCCGUACAUACUACUGCACCCCUUUUCAUGAUCGUGUCGAGGCUCGACAGAAGCCAAGAGAAAUUCCGAUAUUUCCAUUGUUCUUGUUACUACUGUUGUUUCUGUUGGUUUUAUUACCCCAUUUUGGUGGGCGAGUAAUAAAAAAAAGUUUAUCGCGAGUGCUUGGUGAAUCUACGAAAGACUGUAAGAGAAAAAAAGUUCGAGAAAGCGAACGCGAGAAAAAAUCUUCGGUGCAAGAAAAAAAGUGCCGUAAGGGAAGAAAAAAGCAAAAUGAGCCGAAGGAGUGGCAUUGUUUUGGUCGCGACCACGGCGGCGAUUCUCAGCCUCGUACUGAGUGUCCAGAUCAGCGAGGCAAAGCCGAUGAAAUUACUGAGUCGGCCGAAACGAGUUUCGGAUCAACGAUUGGCCGAGCUCGAGACGCUGAUCGCCUUAUCGAAAAUGCGAGGCAAAAUGAUCACCAUACCGGUUGGUUUUGGCAAAAUCGACCCCAUGAAAAUUGGUCGUAAGAGACGCAGCCCCGAACAGAUCGAAGUGACGCAGCUGCGUCGCGUUUUCGACAGCAACAGGCCCUUCUCCGAAAAUCUGUCCGACGACAACGUCGGGGUGGAGGCCAGCAACCAGAUCAACGCCGAGCGGCGCGCCCAAUCCUCGCUCGCGAGGCUUCUCUCCGAUAAGUGGUACAAAGAGCUACAGGACAACGAGGGUAACAACGGCGGCAUCGAUCUGGACGCGGACGCCAUCGCGAGGGCCGCGGCGCUGCUCUAUUAAAGAGAAGACCAGAGAAAAUCCAUAUACUUAAGUAUACGAUAAGUGAAAGAGAAUGAACGAGAUUGUCAACGGAUCGACAGCUCAAAUUUUCCAAGUAUUAUUUGCGACUAUUAUUAAAGAACAAAAAUUUUAGAACGAUAAUAUAAUUGUUACAUUAAAGACGGAUAGGAGGGGCGUGACGGUAUAUGAGUUCGUCGCGGCCGAGUGGGAGAGCUUCCUUAUAGCGCGCCGUCCUUACGCACAAAACAUGAUACAUAUUACAAAAUAUAUAUUAUAUUAUCGCAUAUAAAUAUAUAUUAACUAUAUAUAUCUCGUACGUAUAUAUCGCUUAGAUGAUUAGGAUUACGAUUAUGAUUAUUCCAAUGUUGAGCUUAAAAAUAUUUUUUUAAGUCCUCGCACAAAAUCUCGACCGAAGCAGUAUUAACAAAAAAAAAGUGUCUAUUGUAUCUUUUUUUAUUCAUGUAAUGAUUUCGUUGUUGCUCCUCGUUUAUAGACGGCAAACGAAAGUAGAAAAAAAAAAA